UACGUGGGCGCGCGGGGCGGGGGCGGGCGAGGAGGGGCGGGGCGGCGCGCGCUCCCUCCCUCCCUCCGUCCCUCCUUCCCGGGCGGGCGGCGGGCCGGAUCUGGGAUGGCGCCUCCUCCGCCUUCGCCCCAGCUGCUCCUCCUGGCCGCCCUGGCGGGGCUCCUGCGCGCCGUGGAGGUGAUGGCUGAGCCGGCGGAGGAGGAGGCGGGAGCCGCCUGUCCGGAGGGCCUGUGGCCUCUGCCCCAACAGGUGUCACCCAGAGUGACUGUCACACGGACGAGCCCACGGCAGGUGGAGGCUGUCCGCUUCCUCUACCAUCCCUGCGCCCACCCCUGGCUGAAGCUCCAGCUCGUCCUCCUGGCCCACGUGCAUAUGGCCCAGCCCUCACUGGCUCCUGACUCCAGCCUCACUCAGGACCGGCCCCUGGAGUUGGAAGCAUGGGGCGUGGUGCUGGAGAUGGCAUGGGUGGAGCCAGCCUGGGCUGCCCACUUGCUGAAGAGGAGGCGGUGGAAGAGGCAGAGGAAGAAGGCGCAGUUCCUCUCCGGGCCCUCUCCCUCAGCGCCAAGGCCAGGCAGAGGGAGGCUGUGCCGCAGAGGGUGUGUGCAGGCCCCGGCUUUGGCCUUUACCCUGCGGAGCUGGCGGCCCCCGGGCCCAGAGGCGGUGUCUAGAGGGCCCGGGCAGCACUCUCCCGGUGGCGCCAAGAGGCGUGGGCUGCGGGCUGCCCUGGGCCUCCAGCCUACCUCCUCAGCCCCGAGGCCCCCCUCUGCCUCCGCAUGGAGCGUGGAGACCAGGAAGCCCAAGCUAGGAACCCCAGGUGAAGGGGGUGAUGCUCCGUUUGUGCCCACUGCGCCCCUGCCACCUGGGGGGCCUCCAGGCAGUGCCAGCUCCAGGAUGGAGGCCCAGGUGCCCAAAGGGCAAAGCAGCCCCGGAGGCUGUGCCUGUCCGAGCCAGGCUUCCCCAGCCCCGCGGGCGGCAGCAGCGGCCCCGCCGCGGGCCCGGGGCCCCACCCCGCGCACGGAGGAAGCUGCCUGGGCCGCCAUGGCCCUGACCUUUCUGUUGGUGCUGCUCACCCUGGCCACCCUCUGCACGCGGCUGCACCGCAACUUCCGGCGCGGGGAGAGCAUCUACUGGGGGCCCGUGGCGGACAGCCAGGACACCGUGGCCGCUGUGCUGAAGAGGCGGCUGCUGAUGGCGCCGCGGCGGGUCAAGCGCUCACGCCGGAGACCCCUCCUCCCGGCCACGCAGGGCAGCGGCCCCGACGGGGACAGCUCCGACUGACCGCCGGCCCGGCCCGCCGCGGCGGCAGCUCCGCCCUCCUCCCGAGGCCCGACCUCUGCCACGUGGACCGCACGGGGCCGCCCUCUGGUGGCUGGCGGAGCACCUGCAGGGGGUUGGUUCUCAAUGUAUUGUUUGUGGGGAAGGGAGGCCUAAGGAAGAAAAAGGAGCUGUUAGCCUCCUUUGCCAAAACUCUUCUGUAUUUUUAACUAAAUUAUUUUGGUAGAA